AGCCGAAGGGAUAUAUGUGAGUUCCACAUUUUAGCCCCAAAGGGGCUGCGCUAACAAGCUUUUUAAUAUUAAGUGUUAACGUAAUACUUAAUAUUAAGUAAUUAAGUGGGUAAUCUACACAUUUUUAUCUUAAUAUUAAGUGCUCUAGCAAUACUUAAUUUUAAAAAUUAAGUGUUUCGUUUAACACUUAAUAUUAAGUAAUUAAGUCGCUAAUGUAAACGUUUUUUUUCUUAAUAUUAAGUGUUAAGUUAAAACCUAACACUUAAUAUUAAAUUAACGUAAAGUGCCACCCCUAUGGUGAAUAUUGUUCUUAUAUUGAGAGAAACAUGUUAUUAUGACUCGAUUUUACAUUUUCUAUAAAGAUAAAAGGAAUAAAGAAUUUUUCUGAUUUUAGAUUCCACCAGUAAUAAACACCAACAAUUUCUCAACAACAGAAUAGUUCGAAAUCGUAUUGUUAAUAUGUCUCUUCCAUUUUCUAUUGUCGAUAAUCAAUCAUUCAAACAUUUUAUGUUAGACGUUGAUCCAAAAUACAAUAUGAUUAAUAGACGUGAUAUUACACGCAAUUUUCUUCCUGUGUUGCAUAAAUCAUGUAUCAAGAAGCUACAGGAAGUUUGUAAUCGAUCCAACUAUAUUAGUCUUACUCUUGACGUAUGCAGUGAUCGUAGAAUGCGAAGUUAUUUUGGUAUAACUCUUCUUGCAAUUGUUGACAAUCACUAUAAAACUUAUCUUCUUUCAUUUGAACGUCUAACAGGUAAACAUUCCGGUGAAAAACUAGCUGACGAAUUCGAUCGAAAUCAAGCUGCUUUUAAUUAUCUUGUAUUACCCGGUUUUGAUGAAUAUUUUGAUGAUUCAAUUGAUGAUCAAUCGGAACUUGAAACAAAUGACGAUGAUACUGAUAGUGAUGAGCGCGACAAGAAUCGAUUGGAAAUAGAAGAAGUAAAUGAUGAUAUAUAUGGAUCAACACUUAAUGCACCAACAGAUCAAGAAUUUUUACGAUUACCAUGCUUUAUCCAUUCUCUUCAACUGGUAGUACAUGAUGGUAUUCAGCCUGCUAGUGAUGCUUUAUCAUCUCUUAAAAAGGAACAUCAUUAUAGUAUUCCUCGAGCUAAUAGUACUCGAUGGAACUCACAAUUCCAAACUGUAAAAAAAGUUAUUAGGAUUCCAUUUGCCGUACUCAAUUCUAUUUUAACUGAUUUAAACAAGAAUUGUCUUAUUCUUAAUACGAAAGACAGAAAAACUUUAGAAGAUUUUGUUUCUUUGUUUGAACUUUUUAAUGAAGCUACCAUUUUGACACAAGGUGAAUGCUAUGCUACGAUUAGUCUUGUUGCUCCUACAAUUCUUGAUAUUCUUUCUGAUCUUGAACAUGAGCGCGCUGCGUCAAAUUUAUCUCUUGUAUCUUUAUGUGAAGCACUUAUUUCGUCCAUUAAAGCUCGUUUUAGUGGACUUCUUCGCCAUUUCGAAAAUGAUGUGCCAUUUGCUUCUUAUUCUAUGUCUGAACGUUUUUCUGAUCCUAUUUUUCUUGCUACGCCAGUUCUAGAUGCACGUUUUAAGUUUUUAUGGCUUGAUAGUCUUCAAGGUACGAAAGUGGGAGCUGAUGAACUGAACAUAGUUCAACAAGAUACGAGCGAUCAGCCGNCAUAG